AUGGAUAUCCCAAUUAUCCCAAUUCGCAUACUCAAUGAUGGCAGCCCAACAUACGUCGGACGGCCCAAUUCCGCCGACUCGGCUAUUGAUCUAUCCUUCUGUUCCCCUAACUUAUAUUGGAACCUUUCAUGGCGCACCUUGUGUGAGCCUCAUGGUAGUGCUCACCUUCCCAUUAUCAUAACAGCUAUCAACAGGAGCCUCUCUAAUCUUAAUCUUUCCCAUCAGUAUUUUACCAAUAACUUCACCAGCCCUAUACUCUACAACUUUAAUAAGGCCGAUUGGACCUCUUUCUCUUUUAAUAUCUACGACACGCUUUCUCAGUCUACCGAGGACCCUACCCUCCUCAGUUCCUAUUCAAAUCUUACAGAAAUCAUAAAAAACGCUGUAGAAUCGGCAAUACCAGUCAAAUCAGCCAACCACAAAUCCCAUCCACCCACCCCCCGGUGGUGGAAUUCGUCUUGUACCGAGGCCGUCAAAACCAGAUCUUUACAUUUUUUAAUUUUUCGUCGCACAUGCUGUUUAUCUGGUCUCCUUAAAUAUCGUAAUGUUAGCGCCCACACAACUCGUCUGCUUAAAAACAAAAAAAGAAACAGCUGGAAAAAGUUCUGUUCCAACCUAAACCCUUCUUGCUCAAUUCAAUAUCUAUGGGCCACAGCCAGAAGGUUCAAAAACUGCGUUAACCCCACUAAACGCCCCGAAAACAACGAUUGGUUCGAUAACUUUUGUUCUAAAGUCUCCCCGUGCCAUGUCCCCACGGAAUCAGAAAUUCGUCCCCGUCGCUGCCCUCUCUUAGCUCACUCUCAUAUUCUUACCAACAGUUUUACGCUGUCCGAAUUAAAGUUUGCUAUUUCCUCACGGAAGUCUAUAGCUCCUGGACUCGACAACAUCUCUCCCAUCUUGUUAAAACAUCUACCUGAUAAUGCUUUAGUCACUUUACUUAUUAUAUUCAAUAACCUGCUAGCUACACAGCAGUUUCCUACCUCCUGGUGCUCUUACAAAGUUAUCCCUAUACCCAAGUCAAACUCAAACACAUCGUUUUGUUCAAUUGCUUUAUCCUCUUCACUAUGCAAAGUUUUCGAGUUCAUGCUCAAAACUAGACUAGAUUGA